AUGUCAUCAGCUCCUGAUAUAGAUCCAUAUGCUGCGCUAGGAGUAGCCAAAGAUGCGACCCUCUCCGAAAUCCGGGCCGCCCAUCGAAAGCGAGUGCUGAAAUGCCACCCAGACAAGAUUCAAGAUGAGUCGCAGCGGAAUGCCGCCCAAGAUGAAUUCCAGAGAGUUCAACAGGCCUAUGAACUUCUUUCAGAUGAGUCCCGGCGAACCAAGUAUGACGCCAAAGUCAACAGAUUAGCCGAAUUGAAGGCCGAGCUGGAGCGCAGACGAGCAGAGUCAUAUGGCUCUCCACGAGGAAGUGGUUCCAACAACCGAGAAUACCGCAAUGGUCGGAUCGUGGAGGAACGAGUCCCCUUGGAAGUGUAUCUCGAUGAAUCAUUGAGAUUCACGGAGGAACCACGUCCGAUGUCUCGCAAGCAUGAGGAGUAUGGCAUGCGAUCCAAGGCCAAGUCCACGGAGGAAAGGAAGAAGAAAACUGCGACGCCGAUGAGCGCGUAUUACGCUGCAAAGGAGCAGCGGGAAUCGACCAAGGCCACCCAUUCCGACCGUGCCAAGACCCGCGAUCAAGAGCGACGACGACAAGCGUCGGCCAAAUACGACACCUUCGAAUCUUAUGCUGAAUCCGACGAUGCUUCAGACUCCAGUGCUCCUCGCUACGUCUUCACCAAGCGAACAGCAACCCCGCGCCGAGAGCGCGAAUCCCGAUCCAGGCCAGAGUCCUCUCGCCGCGAACGCUACGAUGACGAUGAUUUCUCCGAUCAUUGGCAAAGCAAGAUUAAUAGUCGAACGACCAGCGCGGAGGACUACAUCGCAUCCAAGGGUCGAAUCUCGAAUUCCCCACGCCGAUACCAUGGUUACGACUCAACGGAACCAGAAUUGUCCGGGUCGCGGCCCUCGGGACGGUCCACCCGGCCUGCAACAAGACGUCCGUCAACAUCCCGCAACAACUCCUACGACUACAUUGAGUCGCCUCGCGAGAAGCCGAAGAUGCCAACCGCCACAACUUCCCCAAGCAUCAAGAGCUCUCUCCGCCCCUCAUUCCUGAACCACCGCGCAGCAACCUCCAGCGGCUUCAGUCGUCCCAAGCGCGAUAGCACGCUCUACGGAAUGGCCCACGAACCCAUGCCCUCGCGCCCCUCAAAGCCCCGCGAUCGCUACGAUUCUGGAUAUUCGAGCCCAACGACGCCCGAAAUGCCCACGCGGGUCCGCCUCUUCGAAGUACCGCUCCUCAUCCCCAGACCGCGCCGAACGCACCUCUUCGUCGGCCCGCCAGCCCCCAAGCGGAGUAGUACAUUCCAGAGCUACUCGACUGAAUCGCCAUCGUCUCCUCGCAUUGAAGUCCGCUCUUCGCGACCUUCAAGACCGGCGACCUAUCGUGAUCCCGAUUAUUCUCCUCGUCCGAAGGAGAAGGAUGUCAAAUACUCUCGCGCUUAUAGGCCCGAGGAUGUCAGUUACUCGCCGCGUCGCCCUUAUUAUGACGAGGAUUAUCGUCCUCCUGCUGUGGGCAGACGGCAGUCUGCUUACUAG